UCCGUCUGCUUAGUGAACUUUGAAUUGUCUUUAAGUUGAGAGAAAAGUCCGAGAUUAGAAUCUGAUCCGGGUCAUUAGCGCCCUGAUUGAAACCAGCCGGUCCUCCCGGUCAAACUUGCUGGGGAACCGAGUCAGAACUCCGCUGAAACCCGACACCAGCGCACCUGUCCGACAUGUACAGCAUGAUGGAGCACGAGCUGAAGCCCCCGGGUCAGACACAAACCCACCAGAGCCACCAUACUUCACCGGGCAUGGCAUCAAUUACCGGAAACCUCACCGGGAGCAUGGGGACCAACGGAAACUCUCACCCGAAACCUGCGUGCCCGCCGGGAAGCGACCCAAUGGACAAGGUGAAGAGACCCAUGAACGCCUUCAUGGUGUGGUCCCGGGGCCAGAGGCGGAAGAUGGCCCAGGAGAACCCCAAGAUGCACAACUCUGAGAUCAGCAAGCGUCUGGGGGCGGAGUGGAAGCUGCUGACCGACACCGAGAAGCGUCCGUUCAUCGACGAGGCCAAGCGGCUCCGGGCGGUCCACAUGAAGGAGUACCCGGACUACAAGUACAAGCCCCGGCGCAAGACCAAGCCGCUGCUGAAGAAGGACCCCCCGGGGGCCAAGUACCCACUGUCCGCCGGGAACCUGCUGGCAGCGGCGGCGCAGAACCAGGGCGCCAGUCCCCGGAUGGACGGGUUCGGCUGGGCGCCCACCGGAACCUACUCCGGCAUGCAGGCGGACCCGCUCGGAUACACGCAGCCCCUCCACCGGUAUGACCUGUCCGCCCUCCAGUACCCGCCCACCAUGGGCCCGGCUCAGACCUACAUGAGCGGAACCAACUCCUACAGCCCCAUGUCCUACAGCACCAGCCCGCAGCAGCUGAGCCCGGUCACCAUGUCCAUGGUGAAGGCAGAACCGGUGACCCAUUCACCCUCAGCAGGAACCCAGAACCACCACCGAGGAGCUCUGCAGGGGGACCUGAGGGACAUGAUCAGCAUGUACAUCCCUGGACCAGGAGGGGACUCUUCAGACCCGGCCACGGCGCAGAGGGGCUACACCGGGGUCCAGCAGCACUACCUCACCGGAACCGUCCCGCUUACACACAUCUAGAACUGGAGUGGGAUACGGGGCGGGGAAGGGUGGAACCGGACCAGGUGAUGAGUUCUGUAGGUGGGAAGUCCCAGGAUGUUGAUCUCACCUCCUUCACACUCAGGGUUUUGACCCAGUUACUGGAUGGGAAAACGACAAGCACGCACUGCUGCCGUCACACGACACGUCAGCCCUCGGUACCGAGACCCGGUUCGAUUCAGGCCUUUGGACUUUUACAGAGGACUUCUGUGGUGUGAGCAGAGUCUGAGAGGUGGAUGUUGGACCUACAGCAGCGUUACACAGAACCGACCCGCCGGACCCAGCUCAGCAGCCCUCCAGAACUCUGCCUGUUGGGUUCUGCUGCCAUUGAUCCGGUACUGGAUGAUGCUGGUCUUGAUAAAAAUGAACAGAACUUUGUGCCUUGGAUCCUCAGUUUUUCCCGUUAAGUUCUGCGGGCUGACACCAGAACCGCCUGUAGGACAAUCUGCACCAGUAAAACAACCAUGGGUUCUGUCGGUGUUGGAUCGGAGGGCAGGAGAUUCUGUUUUCACUGUAAAUGUCUGGUUCCAGUUAUUGGUUCUGAUCCAAUGUGCUGCUUGUAGAGGUUUUUUUUUUUUUUUUUAGGUUUUUAAACUCGUUAAGGUCCGGUCGUGUUUGUAACUUUUUGUUCUUGUUUUACUCUUAAAUGAAUUUUUAAUCAUGGUUUCCCACGAGGUGUUUAGUUUAGUUUUUAACCUCCAAACCAGCAGAACCUUUAUGUCCUGGUACCAAACCCACUGGAAACGAGAACCAGGAACAGCUCCUGCCACAUGUGGAUGUUUACAUCACUACCAGGUACAUGAGUAACGUUAGUACUCGAGUAUAAUAGAGUAAAUGUGUCUACUCACUAAAUGUAAAUCUGCUGUAAAUAUUUCAGACUCACAAUCAGUCUUUGUUACUUUUUGAUUAAAGCUACCAUUAAGGA